AUGGAGGGGCUCAUCCCGCUCGUCAACCGGCUGCAGGAUGCCUUCGCGGCGCUGGGCCAGAGCUGCCUCCUGGACCUGCCGCAGAUCGCGGUGGUGGGCGGGCAGAGCGCCGGCAAGAGCUCCGUGCUGGAGAACUGCGUUUCCAGGGAUUUUCUUCCACGAGGUUCUGGAAUUGUAACAAGACGACCAUUGGUCCUGCAACUCAUCACUGCCAAAACAGAGUAUGCUGAAUUUCUACACUGCAAAGGGAGGAAAUUUACAGAUUUUGAUGAGGUUCGUCAGGAGAUUGAAGUUGAGACAGAUAGAAUAACAGGAGUGAACAAAGGCAUCUCGUCAAUUCCUAUUAAUUUAAGAAUAUAUUCUCCACAUGUGUUAAGCCUGACUCUUAUCGAUUUGCCGGGAAUCACUAAGGUGCCGGUAGGGGAUCAGCCUCCCGAUAUUGAGCAACAAAUCAGAGAGAUGAUCAUGCAGUUCAUCUCUCGAGAAAACUGCCUGAUACUGGCUGUGACUCCAGCUAACACUGAUCUGGCCAACUCGGAUGCGCUCAAGUUAGCUAAGGAAGUGGACCCUCAAGGCCUUAGGACCAUUGGUGUGAUCACAAAAUUGGAUCUGAUGGAUGAAGGAACAGAUGCAAGAGAAAUUCUUGAAAACAAACUACUCCCUCUUCGUAGAGGUUACAUUGGUGUUGUAAACAGAAGCCAGAAAGACAUUGAUGGGAAGAAAGACAUAAAGGCGGCUCUUCUAGCAGAACGGAAAUUCUUUCUUUCCCACCCAGCUUAUAGGCACAUGGCAGAUCGGAUGGGAACACCAUAUCUCCAGAAAGUUCUAAACCAGCAACUUACCAAUCAUAUUCGGGAUACCUUGCCAGCCUUCAGGAGCAAACUCCAGAGCCAGCUGCUUUCUAUAGAACAUGAAGUAGAGGUAUACAAAAACUUCAGACCAGAAGAUCCAACCAGAAAAACAAAAGCCCUGUUGCAGAUGGUACAGCAGUUUUCAGUGGACUUUGAAAAAAGGAUUGAAGGAUCAGGAGACCAGGUUGAUACUCUAGAACUUUCAGGAGGUGCCAAAAUCAAUCGUAUUUUCCAUGAACGUUUUCCUUUUGAACUGGUGAAGAUGGAAUUCAAUGAGAAGGAACUACGGAGAGAAAUAAGUUAUGCCAUCAAGAACAUACAUGGUAUCAGAACAGGUUUGUUUACUCCAGAUAUGGCGUUUGAAGCCAUUGUUAAAAAACAGAUAGUCAAGCUGAAGGGACCUUGCUUAAAAAGUGUGGAUCUGGUGAUGCAAGAGUUAAUCAACACUGUCAAGAAAUGCACUAAAAAGCUGGCAACAUAUCCAAGGUUGUGUGAGGAAACAGAAAGAAUUGUUGCUGGCUACAUUCGUGAAAGAGAAGAGAAGACCAAGGAUCAGGUGCUACUGUUGAUUGAUAUCCAGGUUUCUUACAUCAACACCAACCAUGAAGACUUCAUUGGCUUUGCAAAUGCCCAACAAAGAAGCAGUCAGGUUAACAAAAGUGCAGUGGGAAAUCAGGGAACCAAUCUACCGCCUUCAAGGCAAAUUGUCAUCCGGAAGGGUUGGCUGACCAUCAACAAUAUUGGCAUCAUGAAAGGAGGAUCCAAGGAGUACUGGUUCGUUCUAACUGCAGAAAGCUUGUCCUGGUAUAAAGAUGAUGAGGAAAAGGAGAAGAAGUAUAUGCUUCCUUUGGACAACUUGAAAGUGCGAGAUGUUGAGAAGAGCUUCAUGUCUAGCAAACAUAUCUUUGCAUUGUUUAACACAGAGCAGAGGAAUGUUUACAAGGAUUACCGUUUCCUUGAGCUAGCCUGCGACUCUCAAGAGGAGGUGGAUAGCUGGAAGGCAUCUCUGCUACGAGCUGGUGUCUAUCCUGAUAAAUCUUCAGGGAGCAACAGAACUGAAAACGAUGAGAAUGGCCAAGCAGACAACUUUUCAAUGGACCCCCAGCUGGAGAGACAGGUGGAGACAAUUCGAAAUCUUGUGGACUCCUACAUGUCGAUUAUCAACAAAUGUAUCCGAGAUUUGAUACCCAAAACAAUCAUGCAUCUUAUGAUCAAUAAUGUAAAAGAAUUUAUCAACGCAGAGCUACUGGCUCACCUGUAUUCUUCUGAGGACCAAAACACUCUAAUGGAGGAGUCGGCUGAACAGGCCCAGAGGCGAGAUGAAAUGCUGCGCAUGUACCAGGCACUGAAGGAAGCCCUGGCAAUCAUUGGUGAUAUCAGCACUAGCACUGUCUCAACUCCUGCACCUCCACCUGUAGAUGACUCUUGGCUUCAGCAGGCACGCAGAUCACCUCCUCCAAGUCCGUCAACUCCACGGAGGCCUACAUUAAACAAUCCCCCAACCAGACCUUUAUCUGGCCGAGGACCCGCUCCUGCUAUCCCAUCUCCAGGCCCUCAGUCGGGGGCUCCUCCAGUCCCGUUCCGCCCAGGACCACUGCCUCCAUUUCCGAGUGGUGGUGAAGCCCUUGGAGGACCUCCCCAGGUUCCCUCUCGGCCUACCCGGGCUCCUCCCGGCGUCCCAAGUCGAAGACCACCCCCUUCACCUACUCGACCCACUGUAAUUCGUCCAUUAGAUUCAUCCCUGUUAGACUAAAAGAAGCUUCUGGCAUGUAAUUCAUUGUUAACCAAAUAUGUGGAAACAAAUUGCUUGAUAACUGUUGCA